AUGUCUCCCCGAACGACUGUUCCCUCUCGCCUUCUAAUCCGGCUUUGUCUUCCGCACAUCCUGCGUCUUCUGCUUCUGCGGUUUCUCCUCAAUCUUCCCCUCCGACACCGACUUCACGUCCCAGCCCUCUUCCUCGCGCGUCUCGUCCGUCCCAGAGAUCCUUUCUUCAUCCUCGACCAUGGGUCGAUGCCCUACGGCUACCCAACUUACGACGAAGCUUUUCUGAUGAUGGCGCAGCUGCUCAAGACUUACGGGCCGUCUCUUAUCUCCGAACACCGCAUCGGACACUCGACAGAGGGGCGCCCGAUCGUGGCGUAUCGCGUCGGGGGGACGUCCAAACCGCGGGCAGCGGCUGCGCCUGUCUCCCCGGCGACGCCUGCCUCCGCUCCCGCUGGAACCUCGUCUCUUCGAGGCACAAAGUCGGAGCCGCUGCGCGAACAGGGAACCAGUGAAGGCGGGACACAGCCAGAUAACCUCCACGGGAAAAAGGACGAGUUUCCGGAGAUCCUCAUCACCGGUCUACACCACGCACGCGAACCGAUGAGCAUGACGAUGUGCAUCUACUUCAUAGCCCGGCUUCUGCGCGACUACCAAGCAGGAGAGCCUGAGGCGGUCUACUUGGUGCACAUGCGGGAGUUUUGGGUGAUUCCGUUGCUGAAUCCUGACGCGUACGUGGCAAUCGAGACGACAGGGAACAUGGCGCUCCGAAAAAAUCGACGCCGGUUCAGCUCGGAGAGCCGCCCGCCAAACGCGCAACUCGAGGACGAAGGCGUUGAUCUGAACAGAAAUUACGCGUUCAACUUCCUCGCGGAUCAACCAGAAGGGAGCGACGACUUUGGCGGGCCGUUCCCCUUCAGCGAACCGGAGACGGCCGCAGUGAAGUUUCUCGUCGAGCAGUAUCGACACGCGGAUCGUGCCUUGCCUCAGUCUUCCGCGUCGCCUGCCGCGGGGAGUCGCAUGGUCGACAAGCACGAGCACAGCGACGCCGUUCGCGCGCCUGCAAACGCCCAGGCGCCUCUGCUGUCUCCUCCUCUCCACGGCGUUCGCGACUUCUCGCCUCCUCAGCUGUCGCCUUUCCUCCGGCUCUUGGGUCGAUUCGAGGUCGCCCUCAACUUCCAUACUUACGGCGAAGUCUGGACCCGCCCGUUCAACUGCUGCAAAAAUAUGCCUCUUCCUCUCUGGGCUCAGAAAGCCUUUGAAGAACUCAAAGUAGCACUGGCCGUUCCGACCCUGAACAGCGCGCCGAACAUUCCCGUUUUGGGGUAUCCGACUUUCGGAGAAGCGGACGACUGGCUGCUGCAUGCACACAGCGUCCUCUCGAUGUCGCCCGAAAUCGGAUGGGAAGAAGGCGGUUUCUGGCAGACUGUGGGUGAGCAGCGGGAGUCUCUGCGCCUCAAUUUUCCGCGAAUUGUCACGGCCGCAAUCAAGGCCGGCAGCGAAGUGGGUGUGCGUCUCGCGCUCGGGCAGGGACUCUCCGCCCCGCACGGGGCGCGGCUUCCGGCGAUCGGGACUGGGAAGGCAAAGCGCGUUGGCGGCGGCCACGCGCGGACUGACGACAGGAGGCGCGCCCCGAGCAGAACGGAAGGCGAGGCCGACGCAGAGGAAGGCGCCGAAGAAGCGAAAGACGCGAGAACAGCGGAGGCGAGUAGCGUCCUCGACUCGGUUGUUCCCAGGGACCGCCUGACAUUUGUGGAAAACGUCCUGAGGCAGAAAGGAUGGGCGUCGAUCCUGAAACAGGAUGACGCCGGAGUCUCUGUUCACACCAUCGAGGUGGUCAACACCGGCCUUCUGCCUCUCCAAGGCCCCGCCACGCUUCUCUUCCUCACCGGCCUUCCUUUCUUCUCCUCGCCCGUCGCCGCGUCUCUGUUUUCCAGCGUGGACGCGGCGGCUGCUGCCUCGCUGCCGCCAAUCCGGUCGACCCUCGAGAGGCGUUUCACUGGCAGUCGAUCUAAAACGAAACUGCCUCCGCCUCACGCUCUUCGCACUCUCCAGGCUUUCCGAUCUUACCAGUCUCCUUCGUAUACUCCUUCUUCUUCGUCUUCUUCUUCGUCGUCUUCUUCGUCUUCUUCUUCGUCUUCUUCCCGCUCUGCCGUUCCGUCUUCGGCGGACCUGCGAUUCGACGUUUUGGAUGAGGGAGGAGACGGGGUUGGAGAGAAGCAGGCUUGGAAUUUUGUCGCUUUUGACGAAGAGUGGCGCACGCCUCUCUCUGUCUCUUUCUUCUCGCCCUCGAGUCUCUCCAGAAAAGCCGAAGCGCCGCACGGCCCGGAGCUUCCAGGGCUGCUUGUGGAACUCCCGGCGCGUCUUCGCGGCCGCGAUUUGGAGAGUGGCGACGCAGGCGUUCUUCGCGUCCACCUUCUCGAGACGACAGGAACAAGCGACGCGUCCUCGCCAGCGCUUUCGCUGUCGGAGAGGCUUUCUUCGCCAUACCAGUCCUCGAAUUCCAGCUUCCCACGCAGCGCACAGAGCGCAGCUGUCGGCGCAUGCGUUCUGGAGGCUGGGGCACCGGAGCCUGAGAAAGCCGUUAAGGAAGUGGUCCCGGAGCGAGGCGAACGGCAACAGCCUUGGUUUUGCCGGUGCGGGGCGACGAAGGCAGAAGUUGAGGGCGACGCUCCAGCAGGCGAGGCCGACAGGGACGGCAAGUGGAUAUCUCUCCCGCUUUUCCUCGAAAACAGCAAAACCAGUCUCCUCUGCGCCGCAACCCUCAGCCUCCUGUCUCGCCACCGUCCCGUCUCCUCGCCUUCUGUCUCUUCUUCGCGGGAGGCCUCGCGAGGAUUUGAGGCAGGCAGGCGCCUCGGCGGGCGUUGUAAAGGAGACACUUUCUUCUGGGAUUUGGACGUGCCUCUCCACUACGCGAAUCGCAGGUCUUCAGUCUCGUUCGCCCUCUUGAUGCUUCUCACGCUCGUCCUUGUCCUCGCCCUCGCCCUGCGCUUGCGAUACAAGUAA